GAGAGAGGUCGGGAAGGAAGGGCGGCGGGGAAGGGGGUGUCUUCCUUGAGCUGCUCCUGGCAGGCGCUGGGAUGCCGGAAAGACCCGGAUGGCUGGCAGGGGACUGGCUCCAAAAACGUCCUUCCGCCCGCGCGCUGGGGUGGUGUGCACUCCCGCUGGAAGCCUGCUCCUCCCCAGGUGGCUGCGGUUUCAGGCUCCUCCCUGGUGCAUUAUGCCUUAAAGGCAGAGGCGGCCUUACCGGAGCAGGUCAACAUCACUAGCUCCUGCCAGGACCAAGGCACGCUCAGAGAAUCGCUGAGUCUACGCGUCUAGGAGCUCAAGAUGGUCCUGAGUGGGGCACUGUGCUUCCGAAUGAAGGAUUCGGCCUUGAAGGUGCUUUAUCUGCAUAAUGACCAGCUUCUGGCUGGAGGGCUGCACGCAGGGAAGGUCAUCAAAGGCGAGGAGAUCAGUGUUGUCCCCAACCGGUCACUGGAUGCCAGGCUCUCGCCAGUCAUCCUGGGUGUCCAAGGAGGAAGCAGGUGCCUGUCUUGUGGGAUGGAGCAGGAGCCAACUCUGAAGUUAGAGCCAGUGAAUAUCAUGGAGCUCUACCGCGACGCCCAGGAGUCCAAGAGCUUCACCUUCUACCGGCGGGACAUGGGGCUCACCUCCAGCUUUGAGUCAGCUGCCUACCCAGGCUGGUUCCUGUGCACAGUGCCUGAGGCUGACCAGCCUGUCAGGCUCGCCCAGAUCCCCGAUAAUGCUGGCUGGGAUGCCCCCAUCACGGACUUCUACUUCCAGCAGUGUGACUAGGGUGACCUGACCCUCAGAGCUCCCUGGGCAGGGCCAGCCGGGGCGGGGGUGGGGGUGAAGGAGCCCCAUAAUGGGUGACCGCCCCCUGUGUGCUCAGACUUACUGCGCACGUGGCCACGCUCUCACUUCCUGAUCCUGAAUUUGUGGGCAAAUUCUUCUGAGAUUUGGGACCUGAGCUCAGUUUCCCUCUCUCUUGAGUGGUGCUGUUGGUCUGGAACCUCAUAGGAACUGCAUGCGCUAAACUGGGAAUAACAUAAAAAGUUUUCAAAGGGAGAAGGUGGAAGCUGGGUUGAGAAUACUUCAUGCUCAGCCAAAACAGACCCAGUGCCCUUGAACUCCACAGGCCAGUCAGGUGGCCAAUGAAGGUCCUGCUAUUCCCCACUGUGCAGGAGACAGAGGUGGUUGUACAGUUAAGUGACUCAAGGCCCCCAGCCCCUCCUCCUUCCCAUUCAUCUGGCCAUCAUCUGCUGCUGCCUUUUCCAUCUCUGCCCUCAUCCUCUGGCUGUGGACAAGCGGUGGUGUCAGAGGAAAUGACUCCAGCUUGGAAGGCAGAAGAUGGACAGGGCAUGCAUCUCUGGAACCCGAGGUACAAUGAAAAUCCCAGAUGCCGAUGUCUACGUGCAUGGGAAGAUGCUCGAGAUACCAUAAGUGAGACGACCCAGCCACAAAGUAGUGCAAUUUAUAAUUUCAUUUGAAUUUUUAAAAGUGCCCAUGUAUUUCUGUCUAGACAAAAAUUCUGGAAGAUUUAUGUCAAUUAUAGUCAUGUUAUCGUGGUGGCAGUAUAGGUAACUUCUCUAUGUUCUUACUUCUCCAUAUUUCCUCAUUGUUGUGCAACAAGGAUGGAUUCCUUAUCUAAUAAUAAGAAAUGCCACUGAUCCUGAGGCCAGCAGGGCUGACCGCAUGCUUGAGUUGUCCCUGGAAAGAAAUUCAAAAUAAAUUGAGCUCUGCUGCUCGGGCAGCAAGAGCAGGGACCAGAAAAGAGAUCCCCACAAAGCCCCCAAGAUGGGGAGUGUGGUAGGUUUGUGUGACUGGAAUCUCCUGGGUAAGGAAUUUACAAGAAAAUAAAAGUGCUGUGCUGGAACCUGGAAUGCUCAUAGCCCCUGUGACCACAAGGUGUGGGGUCCAGCCCCCAAGGGGGUUGUUGUACUGGAUGAACUGUGCCCACGCCCCAAUUCAGAACUUCUCAGAACUUGGAACUGUGACCUAACUUGGAGAGAGAGGGUCUUUGCAGAUGCAGUUAGUUAGUCAAGACAGUUAUGUGGACCUAAACCGAAGAUGACUCAUGUCUCUGGAAGGACAGGGGACUCAGACAAAAAGACCGUGUGAAGACACAGGCAGAGACUGAGUGAUGCUGCCACGAGCCGAGAAGCACCAAGGAUGUGGCGGCUGUCAGAAGCUAGGCUGACAGAGGAAGCAUUCUCCCCCUGCAGUCUUCAGAGAGGGCCUGGCCGGCCCAACGCUUGAUUUUGGACUUGUGGUCUCCUGAAUUGUGAGGGAAUCAGUUUCUGUUGUGCUAAAGCACUGAGGUUAUGGGAAUUGGCUCAGUGUCCCGGGAAACGAGUACAGCUGCGGCUGAUCCCCGUCUCCUGGUGUUCACACACUGUAUGAAUUCCCUCCCGCGUUGUCCCAGUCAUCAUUGUGAUCAAGGGAAUGUGGCAGAAGAAGUAAUGAUACACCACUUCCAAGGUUGGGCUGUAAAAGACACUGUGGCUAUCUAUAGAGAGACCCACGUGAUCCAAAGUGCGUCUCCCCCCACUGGCCACAUGGGUGAGCUUGCUGAGCCGGGCAGCCGGGCAGCCAGGCAGCCAGUCCUUCAGCCUGGACAGGCUCUCGGGUGCCUGUAGCCCAGCCGGCAGCCUGGUCGCACUGAUUGAAGCCUGCUGAGGGCUAGGCUGCUCGACCUUGCUGCCCCUCAGAAACCGUGAGACAAUCAAUGCCUGCUGUGUUAAGUUCUGCAGUAACUUGUUAUAGAGCAAUAGAUAACUAAUACCCCCAAAAGGAAAAUAAAUGCAUUUAAGUAUUA